AUGGCACAUCUUGAGUGUAAUCUAAGGGCCCCAGGAAUUUCUCAACAAGAAAAAGGUGUUAAAAAUGAUUUGUAUGAAGAGUUAUGGAAGUUGUGUGCAGGACCUUUGGUGGAUGUUCCAAACACUGGUGACAGAGUUUUCUACUUUCCUCAAGGUCACAUGGAACAACUUCAAGCAUCUACUGAUCAGGAACUGAACCAGGAAAUUCCUCAUUUCAAUCUUCCGUCCAAGAUUUUAUGCCGAGUUGUCAACAUUCAGUUGUUGGCGGAACAAGAAACUGAUGAGGUUUAUGCUUGUGUUGCUUUGCUUCCGGAAUCAGAUCAAACUGAACCUGCAGAGCCUGAUCCAAAUCCUCCCGAGUCUCCGAAACAAAAGUUUCACUCGUUUUGCAAAAUAUUAACUGCUUCUGAUACUAGUACACAUGGAGGAUUUUCGGUUCUGAGGAAGCAUGCUACCGAGUGCUUGCCACCAUUGGACAUGACACAAGCAACUCCUACUCAGGAGUUAGCUGCAAAGGAUCUUCACGGAUUUGAGUGGAAGUUUAAGCACAUAUAUAGAGGCCAACCGAGAAGACACUUGCUUACAACCGGUUGGAGUACUUUUGUCGCAUCCAAAAGAUUGGUCGCCGGAGAUGCAUUUGUUUUUCUAAGGGGAGAACACGGGCAACUGAGAGUUGGUGUUCGGCGCAUGGCUAAGCAGCACAAUCCCAUGCCUUCAUCUGUAAUAUCAAGCCAAAGCAUGCAUCUUGGAGUUCUCGCCACGGCUUCUCAUGCUGUUAUGACUCGUACCUUGUUUGUCGUUUAUUACAAACCAAGGACUAGUCAAUUUAUCGUUGGCUUGAACAAGUAUUUGGAGGCCGUAAACAAUUGUAAAUUUUCGGUUGGUAUGAGAUUCAAGAUGAGAUUCGAAGGAGAAGACACGCCUGAAAGAAGAUUUUCUGGCACUAUUAUUGGUGUUGGAGAUUUGUCUACAGGAUGGUCAAAUUCUCAUUGGAGAUCAUUGAAGGUUCAAUGGGAUGAACCAGCAACAAUUCCAAGACCGGAGAGAGUUUCUUCAUGGGAGAUAGAACCUUUCAUAGCUUCUCCUCCUUUGAGUGUCACUCAAACAUCAAUCAAGAGCAAAAGAUCUCGACCCGCCGACGUUUCAUCUUGCGGUUUUUGGUAUCCCAAAUCGUCCCAAGCUCACGAGCUUGCUCAAUUAUCCGGUUCCGCCGAAGUCCAAACCAACGAGAAUCAGAUUAUAACAACCUCUAGAGUCACGGCGGAAGCAAUUUGGCCUAAUUCACCGCAUUUGAAUCUCACUUCAAACCCUUAUGCUAACAUAAACAUUGCAUCUAAACCAAGCAACGGCCUCAACGGCCCUACAUGCGAUCAUCAACGAGUCGAAGACGUGAAAAAGAACACAAACCCCCUAGAUUGUUGGUUAUUCGGAGUUAACUUAAACAACAACAACAAACCAAACAACAUAGUUAAUUCUUGUUUAGAGAAAGAACAAGGAUUUCGAAAAUUAACCGUUGUUACUACAAGUGGUCCCAAAGAAUCUAUUAUCCUUACAAAUGCAUGUGAAACUGAAAAGGCUCAGAGUCCCAACUAUUCACUGUCCUCCAAAGGGCAGCAGAAGAAAAUUAUUUCUGAUACAUCAACAAAUGAAUGGCAGAACAAGCUGGCCAAUGUACCUUCCAUGAGAACAAGGACUAAGGUGCAAAUGCAAGGCGUAGCGGUUGGUCGCGCACUCGAUUUGAGCAUGUUAAGUGGUUAUGAUGAACUCAUUGAUGAAGUUGAGAAACUGUUUGAUAUUAAAGGAGAGUUACGUUCUCAAAACAAAUGGAGAGUUACUUUCACUGAUAAUGAAAAUGACAUGAUGCUUGUUGGUGAUGAUCCAUGGCAGGAAUUUUGCAACAUGGUGAAAAAGAUUUUCAUUUGUUCAAAUGAGGAGUUGAAGAAAAUGAAAUGCAAGUUACCUAAUUCUUCAUUAGAGAUUGAAGAGACAUUGUUGAGUUUAGAUUCACAUAAUAGGGAAGAGAAUCAACAAACUCAUGUGAUUUAG